AUGGCUGUUUUGCUGAGUUCUAGCCAUAGCAUUGGCGCCAAACCCUUCCUUUCUCUUCCAGUACUUCCCAGCAAACGGCAACGGCCUCGGGUGCAAUUUGUUGCUCAUAUUUCAUGCAGAGCUAGCAGUAGUACCAAAGUGGCCGGUGAAAAUCACGUCGAUACCGCGGCCAAUUUCUACGAGGUCCUUUCUUUGAGUCCGAAUAACGCCAGCAUCAACGAGAUAAAGAAAGCUUACAGAAGCAUGGCUCUCCGAUAUCACCCUGAUGUUUGUCCUCCUCCCAUGAAGGAAGAGUCGACUAGGAUGUUUGUCAAACUGAAUGCAGCAUACCGGACGUUGUUGGAUCCUGUGCUGCGCAAAGAGUAUGACUGCGAAUUAUUGGACCUCGGAAGUUUUGGGAGAACAUUCAAGAAUAUGGGUAUUAACGAUGAUGAUCUGCAUGGUACGAGAAGCCGGUGGCAAGAACAAAUUCUGGAGUUGAGGAGGAGGUCCAAUUUCCGUAUGGCCGGAAAGGAGGUCGAUUCAUGGGGAAGUAGGAUAAGGGCUCAGAAUAAUAACAAUAUUUAA